ACCAAACAAAGGAAAUACCAAUAUGAACAGACAGGAGAUCUAUGCAAGGCCAUAACUAUGUAGCGGUUAGCAAGCAUUUCUGUUCUGGAUAUAAGUGAACGUUUGGCCAUAAGUUGUCACUCUAGUUGCUAUUGGCGACUCCAUGCUCGACCAUUGGAAGGCCUUCGACAUAUGAAAUUAAGCACUUCAUGCCCUCCAUCCCCAACCCUGCAAAGCUUCCAAUCUUCUCUGCUUCAGCCCGUCGUGGGUUUCUUCUCUGCUGUCGAUCUAGACCCGUUUCAUCGUCUUCUUCGCCAGCCCCGACCCACCAGCACAUUGUCCGUCUAAUCCUCGAUCAGAAAUCGGCAUCCCAGGCCCUCCAAACCUUCCGAUGGGCCUCGCAACUCUCCAAUUUCACCCACAACCAAUCCACCUACAGAGCCUUAAUUCACAAGCUCUGCUCCUUCCGUCGAUUCGAUACCGUCCAGGAUCUGCUCGACGAAAUGCCCGAGUCAGUUGGUUCGCCCCCGGAUGAAGAUGUUUUCGUCACUAUCGUCCGAGGUCUUGGGAGGGCCCGGAUGGUCCGCGAAGUCCUUAAGGUACCCGACUUGGUUCUCAAAUUUGGUCGUAAUACGUCUGUGAAAAUCUUCAAUUCCAUACUCGAUGUUCUUGUCAAGGAGAACAUUGAUUUAGCGAGGGAGUUUUAUAGGAAGAAGAUGAUGGCUAGCGGCGUCCAAGGGGACGAUUACACUUUUGGGAUAUUAAUGAAAGGCCUUUGCUUGACGAACAGAAUUGGGGAUGGGUUUAAGCUUCUACAACUGAUGAAAACUCGGGGAGUAACCCCAAAUACUGUGAUUUAUAAUACUCUGAUUCAUACACUCUGCAAGAAUGGGAAGAUUGGGAGAGCCAGGAGUUUGAUGAGUGAGAUUGGGGAGCCCAAUAAUGUGACUUUUACUGUUUUGAUAUCUGGGUAUUGCCGAGAAGAGAAUUUGGUUCAAGCUCUAGUGCUGUUAGAGAAAUGCUUCAAUCAAGGCCUCAUCCCUGAUGUUAUUACAGUGACUAAGGUGGUUGAAAUUCUUUGUAAUGUGGGUCGUGUUACGGAGGCCUUUGAGGUUCUUGAGAGAGUUGAGAGGAAGGGAGGUGCAGUUGAUGUCGUGGCUUAUAACACCUUAAUCAAGGGUUUUUGUAGAUUAGGGAAAGUUAAAGUCGGGCAUCGUUUGUUGAAGGAGAUGGAGAGUAAGGGUUGCCUCCCAAAUGCAGAAACAUACAAUGUGUUGAUAUCUGGUUUCUGUGAUUGUGGAACGUUAGAUUCAGCACUUGACCUUUUUAAUGACAUGAAGACAGAUGGUAUAAACUGGAAUUUUUCCACAUAUGAUUUGUUAAUCAAAGGUUUGUGCUCAGGAGGGAGGACUGGAGAUGGGUUUAAUAUUUUGGAAUUGAUGGAAGAUAACAGAGGGGCUGGUGGUCAUAUUGGUCCUUACAAUAGUGUGAUAUAUGGCCUGUAUAAGGAAAAUCGUUUGGAUGAAGCACUUGAAUUUUUAGCUAAAAUGGGGACCUUGUUUCCAAGAGCUGUUGAUAGGAGCUUAAGGAUAUUAGAUUUUUGCAAGGAGGGCAAUGUUGGGGAUGCAAAGAGGAUUUAUGAUCAGAUGGUUGGGGAAGGGGGUAUCCCAGGUGCUCUUGUUUUUGUCCGCUUAAUUCAUGGAUUUUGCCUGGAAGGGCGAGUGCGGGAAGCAUUUGAGCUGAUGAAUGAGAUGAUUGGUUUUGGUUGGUUUCCUGUUGCAUCAACUUUCAAUGUUUUAGUCAGAGGGUUCUGCAGGCAAGGUAAAGUUGGGAGUGCUUCAAAGCUUGUGAAAGAGAUGGUUGAGAGAGGUUGUCUAGCUGAUAUGGGGAGUUAUAGUCCUUUGAUUGAUGCUCUGUGUAGGAAAGGGGAUUUCCAAAGGGCGUUAAGCCUUUUUCUGCAAAUGAUAGAAAAGGGAAUUUGUCCUGAUAUUUUCACGUGGAAUUCUUUGCUUCUUGGUCUAAGUCAAGAAACAGUAUGGUGUGAAGCCAUGAAUAUUAUGAAUGUAGAUAACCUUUUACAUAGGACCAUUGAGACAUGAAUUAUAGUUCAAGGAUAAGUGCAUUUUUGCUGAUGAUGAAUGGUGAAUCAAUUUUUUUGAUAAUUGAUGACAAACUUGCAGCUUUACUUGAGUAGGAUGCUUGAAAGUUGAGAACUGAUUUAUGCUUUGUGUUAUUGGAUUUGAAUACUUUAAAAGGGAACUAUAGUUGUAUUUCAACUGGUUUUUCAUGAUUUACAGAAGCUAAAUAAUGAAGAUGAUUCUUUUGGAGAGGCAGUAAAAGAAUCUGUGGUUCAUUAGCAAUAAACAGAGAGUUUAAUUUUGAAGUCACAGCAUCUUCCUUUCUGAUUAUAAGCUUGCCAAGAUUUUCACUGGUCAAAGAAAAAGAUUGUCAAUUCUUUUAAUUACACUGCUUAAAUAGCCUCUGGACUCCUGGAAGUUAGGGUGUGAUGCAAGGACAAGGCUUGAUGGAAGGUUUGUGCAUUUAGAGUUGCAGUUGGAGAUCUAAAGGAAUCUUCUCUAACCCACAAUUGUUGCCACCGUUGUCCUUGUCAUGAUGCAUUUGGAUAAUAACAAAAAAAAACAUACAUAUGAAGAUAGUUGAAUAUCCACUGCAUUUUUUGUGCAACGCAAUGCCUUUGGAGUAAUUCUGCUGCCUUAACCAUAUUUGAAGAUAGUUAAAUAUUUGCUACAUUUUUUCUGCAGCGCAAUAGUCAUGAAGUCCUCUUAGAUCCUAUCUGUAGUUUGUAGUAUAAUUUUAAUGUUUGAAUUCCACUUCUGUUAUUUUCCAAUCUUUGUUAAAAUAGUACGGUUGCUUGAAGAUGAAGUUGGAGCAAGGCGGUUGUUGUAUGUGCUAGAAUACUUGUGCUUGCUGAUUUCGUCAAUGUUUAUGUUAAUAUAGUGGACAAAGUUUUUUCUUUUAAA